UAUCAUCACCAUUGUUUGCAAAGUUCCAAGGCUAUAUCCAUCAUGCACGGACUCAUUGCCUUCAUCAUUGGUCUCGCAGGCUCUGCACUGGCAACCCCAACUCCCCUCAGUGCGCGCGACGCCCAAUCCUACCCCAACGUUACCUACCCAGGCCAGAAAGGAGAAGACUAUGACUACACUGGGUUUGACUCCAAUCAGACUCGCCGUGUCGAAGCCGUAGUCGAGAUGUUCCGCUUUUCUUGGAAUGGAUACUACGAAUACGCUUUUCCAAAUGAUGAUCUACAGCCAGUCAACAAUAGCUUUGCCAACACACGGAACGGAUGGGGCGCCACUGCUAUCGAUGCAUUGAGUACAGCUAUCAUCAUGCAGCAAACGGACAUAGUGAAUCAGAUCUUGGAUUUCGUGCCCACAAUAGACUUCACCAAGACCGGCGCAGAUACUCGGCCAGGAGCAUCGGAAGAUGUGAGUUUGUUCGAGACAACUAUCAGAUACAUCGGAGGUUUACUAUCCGGAUAUGAUUUGCUCAAAGGACCGUUUGAUCAUCUGGAUGUCGACAAAGAUAAAGUCGAUGCAUUGCUUACUCAGUGCGCUGUAUUGGCCGAUGCUAUGAAAUUUGCAUUCAAUACUACAACUGGAAUCCCAGCAAACAACAUCUACAUCAACAAUCAAACGUUCGCACCACGUUACCUAAUGGAAGACGGCACACGAUCUGCAGGACUGGCCGAACUGGGUACUCUAGUUUUGGAAUGGCAGCAUCUAUCUGAUCUCACAGGUAAUCCGGAAUAUGGAGAGCUGGCCCAGAAAGCCGAGGAUUACUUUCUGCAACCUAGCGAAGAAGUGUUUCCAGGCCUUACUGGCGGCAAUUUCAGUAUCGAAACCGGGGAGAUUCUGGAUUCAUGGGGUGGGUGGACGUCGGGUAACGACUCUGCUUAUGAGUAUCUCAUCAAGAUGUACGCAUACGACCCUGAAAAAUACGCACUCUACGCCGAACGCUUCACUCUAGCCGCAGACUCCACAAUCGCCCACCUCCUAUCAUCCCCAUCUUCCAGACCAGAUCUCACAGCCGCAGGUUCCUUCGCCGGCACUCAACCUCAAAAUUACUCGGAACAACUCGCUUGCUUCAUCGGCGGAUCCUUCAUCCUCGGAAGCACUAUCCUCUCCAAACCCUCGUACCUAGAAUCGGGUCUCGACUUCGCUGAAUUCUGUGCAAACGGUUACCGCUAUUCGCCCUCUGGGAUUGGCCCUGUAAUCUACAGCUGGAACACCACCGAAUUAGCCCAGCCCCAAUUUGCCAACCAAACCUCGCUCUACAACAAAGCUGGUUGGUUCAUCAACGACAACACUGCUUUCGGAGGCGGCCUGACACCCGAGGCCGUUGAAUCCUGGUACUACGCCUACCAAGUGACCGGAAACCAGUAUUGGCGCGACGUGGCGUGGGAGCUAACCCUCGCGCAAAACCGCACCGAGCGCGUGGGCUCCGGGUUCUCGUCGCUGCGGAAUGUGCUUGCGGUUGAUGGAGGGGGGUGGCAGAAUCGGAUGCAGAGUUUCUUUUUGGCCGAGGUGCUGAAGUAUCAAUAUUUGAUUCAGGCGCCCGAGGAGUUGAAGGGAGAGUGGGAUGUUGAGUUCGCGCCCAACGGGGUUGGCGAGGGCGGGAAUGUCAAUCCUUGGAUUUAUAAUACUGAAGCGCAUCCUUUCAAGGUUAGGGCGCAGAAUCCUGUGUAG